AUGCUCGCCAACAUCUUGAAAGUUGCUGGCCUUGUAUCCAACAACAGCACCGAAAACUCAGUCGCCGUCUUAGACGUGGGCUUCGGAUGCGGUGACCAGACCGUAGCACUUGCAGAGCUCAUUCUGGCUCCAUCACGGUCUCAGUUCCGCUACGUCGGAGUUACUCUGAACGAGACGCAGCGGCAAGCGGCGCAGCAGAGACUCGAUGCCACCCUAUUGGCAGCUGACAAGAGAGACGUUGAGAAUACGUCAAUCAAGCUCUUUCAAGCAGAUGCGGCAAAGCCAGAAUCAUGGGACAAGGCAAUCACUACCGCUGUUGAUAAUCUCUCAGACAAGGCCUUCUCCGAGCGCUGGCUCCUGGGCCUAGACUGCCUCUAUCACUUCUCGCCCUCCCGAAAGCCCAUCUUCAAGCACGCAUCACAGAAAAUAGACGCAAACGUCAUGGCCUUUGACCUCAUCCUCGGCGACAACCCAUCCCUGUGGCAAACACUGGCCGUUCGGCUCCUAGGCUUCGUCCUACUCUGUCCAUGGCAGACUUUUCUCACAGAGGCGCAGUACCGCGACCAACUGGUAGAAUGUGGCUACGACAGGGGGGAUAUUGAGAUUAGGGAUAUCUCGGAUCAUGUGUUUGCUGGCCUGGCGGGUUUUUUGCAAAGACAGGAUGCUGCGUUGAAGCCGUAUGGGAUAUCGCUGACGGGGUAUAGUGCGGUUGGGAGGGUGUACGAUUGGUUUGAUAGGACGAGGGUUCUGAAGGGUGUGAUUGUUGUGGGAAGGAAGAAGAGCAAAAGUCAGUAG